AUGGCGUCCAGUAUGCACCUAGACAUAAAACUCGAGGAUGGUCCAGGUGAACUUGAAGACUUGGCUAACUACCUUUUGUCCUCAUCAUCUGACUUUUCCAUAUCUGGGAAUUUUUCCCGGGAUUUUGUCGACAGUGACUCAGAUUUACCAGACAAUGAACUUCCAGUGGAUUUUAUUAAGCUGUUGGAUUGUCCCGACAUCGAUGUGGGACCCAAGCUCCACCGGAUUAAAUGUGAGGACGGAUGCAACAGCUGCGGUGAGUCACCCAACAAGUACAGCAAGUACAGGGUGUCUGACCGUCAGGAUCCCUUUAUGGGGACGGGGGGCAUGUCGGAUCAGAGCAAAGAAAGCGGCAGACCCAGUACUAUCCUGGAGCAGUUGAUGAGCCCUUUAGAUUAUGAUUCAGAAUAUGAAGAGCUGAUGCGGCCCAAAGUCAGGGAUACCAAGACUUUCAGCGCAUGGUACACCCCAAAAGCAGAUGAUGAGCUGGAUUUUGUGCAGCCCAAGAGUUCUACUAAUAUUUGGCGUGGGGUGUUCAAUGACAACACUGAUGAGGAUGAUGAUGACGAUGACGACGACGAUGAUGAUGAUGAUUAUGACUCAUCUUCACAAGAUGUGACUUUUCCUGACACUCCUUCACCAUCCACUCAGUCAGAGACUGUUGCAGGUGAUGACAGUGACGUAGACAUUGAGACAGUCACAGAUGCUCCUCGGUCUGCAGACUCCUGUGGUUAUUCGUCCCAACUCUCCCCGGCCAUGAGUCCCUCAUCACCAGGACCCUUGCAGAAACUGCGAGGUGGUAGCCUGCUGACCAUCUUAUCAGCAUCCGUAACCCCCAAUGGACGCAUCAGUGCCCACUCAUCAGCCUCAGCAACUGCAGCAGCAGUGUCCCGCUCAUCGCUGGCUGGCAAUCUUCUGUCAAACCGCUCAUCCAGCUUGUUGGGACAGAAGCGUAAACUGUCAAAAGACAAAAAUGUCCUGUCCAAAACCCCAAUGCAGUCUGCGUACCAGCAUGUCCUUUGCACCAGCAACAGCGUCAACUUUCAUGACUAUGCUAUGAGCCCUGGGGCUUGCACGUACCCCUCACCAUCAUCCUCUUCCUCCUCCUCCUCCUCAUCUUCUACAGAAACAGGCAGACCAACUGUCCUAUCCAAAAGAAUUUACAAAAGAAAACAAUUUUCAAUGGACGCUUCAGAAAAAGAGAAGCAACAUCAUCAUAAUCAACUAGAAAGAAAUCGUCGGCAGAAACUUGCCGAUUUAUUCAUGGAUCUUCGCGAUGAAGUCCCUAAAAUUGCCAACCAGGCAAAAGCAUCAAAGGUUCUGAUUUUAAACGAAGCAGCAUUCUAUAUUCAUGACUUAAAAAACCAGCACAGACACCAGGAGGAUGAGAUUUCUAGAGAACAGCGCAGAAAAGAAGUUCUCCGAAAUCAGUUACGAAGUCUACAAGCUCAAAUAUCAAGUAGCGGUUAA